GGAAAAAAGUGACGUGCUUUGCAAAUGUUCAAGCAACUCUCGACGCGAACAGGCCAGAUAGCUCGGAGACCGUCCAAGUUCUUUCUGCCUGCAUUGCCAACCUCAGUGGGGCGAAUGUUUCGGUGUGGAGAAGCGCGUUGUCGGCCACCGCGGUGAUCUUGCUUUACGUUCAAAAGUAUUUCGCUGAUUACCAGCCGUUCACCAAGGCAAUUUUGAAUUUGCAGCCAAGUCUAUCGAAAUUUCUCGCGGACACAGACGAAGGCGUAAGAAACACAUGCUCUCUAUGCUUGCGGGUCGCCUUAGAACUGGUACCGAACUACGACCGAGAAUGGACCCAAUGGAUAUCGGAGUGCCUAAAAAGUAGCCGAUGGAGGCUAAAACAACAAACAUUGCUAGUCCUGACGGAUAUGACCACACGCAUGGGCGCCGAAUUUGCUGAAUCUAUCAUAUCCUCGUAUCUUAGCAUAAUCAUUGCUCUGUUUGAUGAUUCAAGCGGUGCUGUAAGAGACGCCAGCAUCCAUCUCCUCAAGACACUUCACUCUUUCUGUCCAAGCGUUCAACAAAAAAUCACGUCCAAUCAAGUGAAGCUCCGCCAAUCCAAAAUAGAUGAAAUCACUCAACUCUUCUCUCAGCGAGAUGUCGCGCCGAGCCGCACUUCCAAACCGGUCUCCUCCGACGAUCAAAGAAAACAGCCUCCGCGCGCCGAGUCCUCCAUCACAUCGGAACAACAACUUCGCCAACAACUUCUGCGCCUCUGCUCAAAGCUAACUGCUGAAGACAAAAACGAUUGGAAAGCCAAGGCCGACUGCUUGAAAACCCUCCGGACACUCCUUCUGGACCAUUCAAACAUGUGCACCAACAUUUGCCGCCUGCUAAGACCAUUCGAAACUCCUAUAUCCAACUUACUGGGCGACAUCCGGUCCGCCGUUGUCGACGAAGUCACCACCUUGUUGUGCCAAUUGUCAGAAGAAUUCAAGGAAAAACUCUCCUCGUUCUUCGAACGUAUCAUGCCUUCUCUUCUUAAAACGCUCUACUCUAGCAACCAAAUCAUAGCAGAAUACGGAGACUCGUGCGUCCAAACCACUCUCCUCAACUCUAUGCCGCCAUGCCUCCCCUUACUCAUAGAUAACGCCACCCACGGCAAACACUCUCAAACACGUGUCAAGUGCUGUUUCUACGUCUCCAUCUUCAUAGAAAAAGCACCCUCCUCGCAUCUAGAUAAACAAGAAGACGCAAUAGAAAAUAUGAUCAAAAAACUCACCUCUGAUUCUGACCCCAACGUUCGGUCUACCGCCAGAGAAUGUUACCACUCUAUGACACAACGGUGGCCACUUCGAGCCUCCAAAAUCCGUGACUCUACCGGCCACCCCCCACUCAUCAAAAAAGAAGACGAACGUCCACUCUCUCCACCUAACUCAUCCAAACAACCCACACUUCCUACCCCUCUUCGCGUCCCUAUAAAAUCCCACAAACAGCACCACCCACUCUCCAACCAACACGCCGAAAAACCAAAAAUCCAACACCCAAAAACACCCAACAUCGUGUCCUUCCUCACUCCCUCCCGGCAAAAACCCCGCCUCGCAAAACUGGAAUCCGUUGAUUGCAUCCCACCCGCCCCCCUUCCACCUUCCACCGGACCCAAUCGCCUGUUUUCUAACUCGUUCGCUAAACCACCUCUUCGCGUCCCCUCCCCCUCCCCCUCCAGCCUCGCCCUCCCUAGUUACCACCCCUUCACCCCCCUACAAACCUAUCGAACGACCGAGGACCCGCUGACCUCUCUCUCCAAUACACUCAAAUCCCUCAACUCUCCCCACCCCGAUGAGCGCUUCUCCGCACUCUCCAAACUCGACGCUCUCCUCAAAAACACCCCACUCAUUUCUCAAAAAAACGCCUCACUCGUUCACUCGCUCGUCUGCACCCUCUGCACCUGCCUAAAAGACCAGCCACUCCCCAUCACCCUCGGCACCCUCCACUGCAUAAAAAACAUCCUGUCCCACAACUCCCCAACUCUGGAAAACACCAUAUCAGAAAAAACACUCCCACUCCUAGCGGCCUACUCCUAUUCCUCUUCUGACAAACCGCAAAACAUCCGGUCCCUGUCUCUGUCUAUACUCACUUUACUCCUAGACAGAACGCAACAAUCGAACCUCGACUCCAUCAUACACUCCCCCCUCCUAAAAGCUCUGGAAACCACGCCACAUGACGACCAACUCAAACUGUGCUAUGUUAAAGCAUUGGGCCUCCUCCUCUCACUCUGCAUCAAACGAUAUGACCCCACCACUCUGACCACCUCACUUCUCCAAUCUUUCCUGACCAAACUAUUCAAACUUGUUCAUUGGGACUCUUCUCCUGACAUGACUCAAGCCGUCAUUUCCCUCAUCCACCCCCUCUAUCAACUCCAUCCCGUCCUCCUUCGACGAAUGGCACACAACAUACAUGCCACACCACCCCUCAUAGAACUCCUUAAAUUUCUCGAAACAAACCAUCUCACCACCCCGUCCCAUUCAACGACGGAACCCUCCUUGCCAUGUACCCAUCCCAACUACCCUGAACAAUCCCCUUCACUCCAUUCCGAUACCCAAGAUAAAUUACCCCUCCACCUCCUCGAAAAAAAAGUCACCCACGACCCGCCCGUCAACCCAAAACGCAUACCCCCCUCUUCUGGCCCCUCUCAAAUUCCAAACGCAAAACCUGACGACCCCCCUCCUACCCUCUCCCACACGGCGACGUCCACCUCACCUCCUGAUCACUCCGUAUCCCCACCACCACACUCCAAACACACCUCCGACGCCCCUCCCCUCAAUCACAAGCCGUCAGACCCCUCCUUCUUACCACCCAUUCGCGACACCCUGAUCAAACUGUCGAACUUCGGCCAAGCGGCCGCCGAUCAGCACCUCAACCUUCUCCAAAAACUCAACGACCAACUCGUGCUGCUCUCCGACCAACAACUCCUAUACACCCUCGACCAUGAAAACCUAAUCGACUCACUUCAAAAAUUCACAGACCCGCAACACAACUCUAGCAUUUUAAGGCACCGCGCUAUUCUACUCUUCGUCUCAAUCAAAAAAAGAUUCGGCCAACAAGCAUUCGCACCAUACCUAAAAAAACUACCCCUACCGCACCAAAAACUAAUAUCAAUCUACUACCAACGACAGCUCUCCCAAGAAAAAAAAACCGCCUGCAAUCAAAACACACACUCCGCUCCCCCCUCAUCACCAUAA